GUGCUUGAAGAAGUAUCCGGGCACGAAAAUCAGAUUCAAAAGGACCUUAACCGUACCUAUCCGAAUGAAGGUCUCUUUAAAACAGAAGAAGGUAAAGAGUCCUUAUUCCGAGUGUUAAAAGCAUAUUCAAUUUAUGAUCGCGAACUUGGGUAUUGCCAAGGUAUGAAUUUCAUUGCUGGCUGCUUAUUGUUACAUCUGAAAGAAGAUGAUGCUUUUUGUGCUCUUGUUACACUGCUAAGCCAUAGGCUUAAUUCGCCCGGUCUCCGAACCCUUUUUCUCCCCUCAAUGAAAGGUCUACAAGAACUGCUCCAAGAGUUGAAUAAACAUAUGGCCAUUGAAUUUCCUUGCAUUCACAGUCAUCUGGAAAAGGAAGGAAUUGUUCCAUCAAUGUAUGCUACACAAUGGUUUAUGUCCCUUUUUGGCUCCUGUGGGCCUCUGUGUCUCGCUCAAGAUACAAUUGACAUCUUGUUGAUCGAUGGUCCACAUAUGUUACUCUUUUGUGCCUUGGCUGUCUUAAAGGCGAACGAGUCGGCUAUAUUAGAAAUGUCAUUUGAUACCCUUGUC